AUGAAAUUAAAUAGUGUUGAUGCUUUUUGUUCAUUAACUGGAAUUAAUGAACGAAUUGACAAAAUAUUGUAUGAGUAUCGUGUAACACAAUCAUUAACAAUAUUUCAACAAGAAUCAAAUGAUGUUAUUUGUCCACCAUAUGAAAAUUUAAUUGACAAAUUUUGUUUUCGAAUAUUACCAAAAAUUGGUCGAAAUAUUAAAUGGCUUCAUCUUGAAUUUUUGUCUGUGGAUCGUAUUCUUGUUGCCGCCUUUUAUCCAAAUUUAUAUGGUCUUGGUUUAUAUAACAUCAAUAUGAACACAGCUGCAUCUUUAUUUUUCGGUAAGAAAUUUGAUUUAAUUUUGAUUUAA